CUUUCUGUUGUAUGUUUUCAGGUAAUAAUGUAUGCCGGAAAAAAGCAACCGAUCGUCUAUAUCUCCCGUAGUGAUAGUUUCAGCGCAUGUCAUCGAUUGAAUAACAAUGAUCUUUCAGAUGAAGAUAACCAAAUUACGUUUGGUAAAUGUAAUAACCCUAAAGGACACGGUCACAAUUACAAAGUCGAGGUGACAGUACGUGGUCCCGUGGACCCUGUGACCGGAAUGGUGCUUAAUCUUACCGAUCUUAAAGCUUACAUGGAAAAAGCGUUUAUGUCAACACUUGAUCAUAAAAAUUUGGAUUUAGACGUGGACUACUUUAAAGAUAAAGUCAGCACAGCAGAGAAUAUUGCAGUGUAUAUUUGGGAGAGAAUGACUGAACAACUUACACCUGGACUUUUAUAUGAGGUCAAAGUGCAUGAAACUGAAAAGAAUAUCACUAGUUAUAGAGGUGAACAGUCAGAAUAACGUACGUCAAUUCAUGUUCGAUGUCUCUAAAUUAACAAAAAACUGUGCGAUUGAGCACACACCGUAGCUGUAACGAAAUAAUUUGGCACUUGCUAAAACUAUAAAGUUAAGACGGUAUCAAUUACGUCAUAUGUCACACCUGUCCACCAAUCCACACCCCAACUUUCCAAGCUGCUAAUUUAUCUAUAGAUAUGCAUUCUCGUCACUUUAUUUAUUUUACUACCAGUGUCACGUAUAAAAGUCGUGUGCGGCAUUGUUUAAUGUUAUGAUUGUUAUCUAAUUAAACAGAUAUGUAAGGUAACUUUAUUUGUUACGAAAAAAUCAAAAGGUUCAAAAACACAUACUAUAGAUAUUAUAAAUAAAGAUGUCAUAAAUGACAAAACUAUUUUUACAUCUGUUCAGUUAUGACAUGAAAUAUCACGACAGCGUACAACCUUUAUUAGUAAUAAACCGUAUACAUUAAACUUUUAAAGAACAUGUUCAUUAUUUGGCUUUUAACAUAAUUUAGACUUACAUUCAAUACAUUCAUCGUUAUUUCAAAUUGCAUUUUAUGACUGCUUACAGUUCGUAAAUAGUUGUGAUGCAAUAACUGAAUUUUCAUGCCACAUUUAAGUCCGACGGUUAAUAGUUCUCAAUAGUUAUCUCUCGCAUCUUUUUUGUGGUAUAUUGAACGCGAACAAAGAGAAAAUGUAUUAAAGUAUAAAUGUCUCAUAAAUUUGUACUCUCAGUAUACAAAACUGCCGAUUCUCAUUUUGACCGACAUUUCAGUAAAGAAGUUGAGAAGUU